GUGUGUUUCCCUGUCUAUGGUGUUUCCGCACACGAAGAUUUUAUUACUGUUUAAAUAAUCUGGUAAUGUAUUUAUCGACACAACGAUGAUAAUGUCUGCGUCCAUAAGCAAGAAAACAGAUGGAAGUGAUGAUGUCGCGAAGGCAGAAGCUCUCGAUAACGAAGAGGAUUCUCCCAUUGUGAGCCGCACACGGAGCGGUCGCAGACUGCGGACCCCCGCGGCCAAAACUCCCGUCCGCCGGACCAGAAAGUCUGUUGUCCGAGAAGAUACGGCAGAAAGCACCGAGUCUCGUCAGGAAUCACCACCAGAUGACUGUACACCAGAUACCAAAGGCGGUCAGUGCAGCUCGGCGACAGAACCAAUGUGUCCUGAUAUGUCAACAUCAACACCAGCAGAUGUCAGUCAAGAGUCAGUACUGGACACUGCAGGGUUGAUGGGGUCAGAUCAGACCAGUGAGAAGGAAAAUGUGGUUAAUAACACAGAGACAGAAUCCACUGGUCCCACUGACCCCGAGAAAAGGGCCAAAAAAAGGACUCACUCAGAAUCCAUUGAGAAGAAAAGUAAGAUGGUACCUCUUGGGAAACCUAAGUCUGGAAGAAUAUGGAAAAACAGAAAUAAGCAAAGGUUCUCCGCUCUGUUGAGAGACAAACCUCUGCGUUCUUCAUGGGAAAAGAAGAUGGAGGCCAAGAGAGAGAAGCAGCUGGUGAAGCAGUACCAACAACAGCUGAAAGAUGAGCAGACCAGAGAGAAAGAGGAGAAAAAGAGGAGGAGAGCAGAAAACCUGAGAAGACGAGCAGAAAAUGAGAGAAAAGCGGAGAUUGUGCAAGUGAUUAAGAAUACAGCAAAGAUCAAGAGAAUGAAGAAGAAACAGCUGAGGAAGAUUGAGAAAAGAGACACGCUCUUAGCGGUGCAGAAAACACCACCCAGUGUCAAGAAGGGAGCAGGGAAAACAAACAACAGCCUGUAGAGAGUUUCAGUGCAGUGAUGCGAGAGAAUCUCAUCAGACUUUAACACUGUUGUUGAUACACGUGUGUAGUGUCUGUUGAAUGAACUGGCAUGUGAACCUCACAAUGGAAAAUACUAGGGACAUGUAAUCAUUUUGGUUCUCUAAGUUGACAUCUUGGGUUGUGAAUCUGCUUUAAGUCUGUGGAUUUGAUGUAAUAUUUGUACAGCAAAUUCAAAAGCAAAUAUGUUUUGAAUUCAUGGAAAAAACCUAUCACCAUUUUUUUAAUGUUAUUGUCACAUUAAAAACUAUUUAAAUAAA